CGAUGUGUUUGGGGGAUCAAGUCAUUGACGGAAUUUUUGUUGGUCGCUUGGAUCAUUUACCCAAUCUAAACCGACCAUUAGUGAGAAUCUACAUAUCAUCCACCUACACAGAUAUGGUGGUGGAGAAGAAUAUUUUGCUCACUGAAGUGUAUCCAAAGCUAAAGGAUUAUUGCCGAGAACAAUACGGAUUGGAGUUCCAGGUGGUGGAUAUGAGAUGGGGAGUUAGGGAUGAAUCCACGGACGACCAUAUGACCACAGAUAUCUGUCUGGAGGAGAUAAGAAAUUGUCAAAAGUCCUCUAUAGGACCGAAUUUCAUUUUCCUUGGUGGUCAAAAAUAUGGUUAUCGCCCGAUUCCCAAUCGAAUCGACGUUUGUGAGUUCGAAAUGAUAAUCAAGGCUUUGAGAGAUCUGGGCAAGGAUGAAUCCAUAUUCCUGGAAUGGUACGACAUAGACUCCAAUUCCGUCCCACCCGAGAUGAUUCUCCAACCAAUUUCCACGGCACUUCCCAAUUUCUUGAAUUCAAUGGCGCCAAAGCUCCAAGAGACUGACCAAAAAAUAUGGUGGAACAUCUUAUGCACGUUUCAAAAUCUGUUCCAAGAAGCGGCACUUUACCUAUGCAAGACGGACCAAAUUUCUAUGGAACGUAUGAAGAGCUUCCAGCACUCCGUGAUAGAACGGGAAGUACAUGAGGGGAUCAUUCGGGCAAAAGAGACUAAAGGCUCCUCUUUGGCCUUUCUCCGAAAAAUCAACAACAUCAAUUUAGCUGAUCAAAGGAGAGGAGAAGGCCAAAAGGCCAUGCAUUAUGUGGACAUCAAGGACACAAAACAGGACAAGGAGGCCUCCCAGAUGAUGUCUGAAUUGACAGAGUUGAAGAUUCCAGAGAGAUUGGAGAGACACAACUGGAAAGUCUAUGAACUGGAUUGGGUUGGGAUGUCUGGUCAAAGCAAAGAGGGAUUCGACAAAUAUAUGACAGAGUUCAUUUUCGAUUAUUACAAAUCUGUGAUCCGCUUGAUAGACAAAGCAAUGAGAAAGACUGACAACUCCGUUCGAGGAACCAUCGCCAACGAGAUCUUGAUCCAUCUUCACCAAUGCGUCGACGAAUCUAAGAGGUUCCAUGGAAGAGAAAAUGAACUAUUCAAGAUCAAAACUUACACCAAAGGUAGCUUGAGAAAGGUUUUCAUCGUGUAUGGACCUACCGGAAGUGGAAAAUCAUGCCUAAUUGCCAAAGUGGGAUGUUCCAUCGGCAAGUGGUUGGACACCAAAAAUUACGUUUUGGCAGUCAGAUUUUUGGGCACCACGCCCAAUUGCUCGAAUGUGACGUCAUCUUUACUUUCCAUUUGUCAGCAAUUGUGUUAUAAUUUGGAAAUUCCAAUUGAGGACAUUCCAGAGGAGUUUGUUCCUCUCAAAAACUUCUUCCGGAUCUUACUUGACCAAGCUGGAAGGAUGGACCUAGUUAUCGUCAUCCUUUUGGGUGGGACAGGUUCUUGUUGUAGCAAGUUGUUUCGCUGUCGAUCAUUGAUUGAUAUUUUAGAUGCAUUAGAGACGUUCUUCGUCAAUUCCUAUGAAAAUGGAGCAACGUCAUGGAUCCCAAAAGAGCUUCCUGAGAACGUGAAAAUAAUCCUGAGCAUCACGCAAGAGCCGGGGAAAACAAUUAGAGGUCAGGAAGUCGAGAAAUUUCUGAAACGAGUGGCCUUUCAGGAUUCAGAAAAUCUUCUCGAAAUUGGAGAGCUGGGACCAGCUUUGAGUCAACUUAUUCUGACGGAAUGGCUUCAAGGAAUCAACCGAAAACUCAAUAACUUUCAGUGGCGUGUUGUUAUGAAUGCUCUUCACAUCUGUUCCCUCCCACUUUUCUUGUACUUGUGCUUUUUGGAAGUAAAGAAUUGGAAAAGCUAUUUCCUGGAAGAGGAAACCAAAAUCCCCCUCUCCAUUGACAUGACGAUUUCUAAUAAAUACGAGCAACUGGAACGACGAUUUGGCAAGAGAUUGGUGGGGCACGCUCUCGGUUUCAUCACGGCGUCCAAACUUGGACUCUCGGAAUCCGAAUUGGAAGACAUUUUAUGCCUGGAUGAUUUGGUCCUUACCGACGUCUUUCACAAUUUCAUUCCUCAAGUCAGACGAAUUCCUCCUAUUCUUUGGACCAAGAUACGGCGAGAGAUUCAAAAUCACUUCAUAGAAAAUGAGGCUGAUGGAGUCCGUGUCUUGGUUUGGGCGCAUAAGCAUUUUCGACAUGCCAGUAGAAGAAAGUAUUUAAACGCUCCCGAAACGAGAAAGUACCUGCAUUCUUUACUUUGCGACUAUUUCCUCGGAAUCUUCAGCAAUGGGAAAGAGAAACCUUACAGGUACACUGAGGUUCAGAGACAACGAUUCAAACUCAAAGGUCGAGUUGGACAAGCCGACAGAAGGGUUCCAGUUCAACCAAAUGUUUUCACGACAGACGAAUCGAACGGAAAGACCAGGUACAAUCUGCGAAAAUUCUCGGAGUUGCCUUACCAUUUGGUCAAGGCUGGUCGCUCAGAAGACCUUUGUCACCAAGUGCUCUUCAAUUACCAGUGGAUUCAUUCGAAGAUCUCAGCCCGACCCAUCGAUAGGGUCUUGGACGAUUUUGCCAUGGCCUUGGCUGCUUGUGCUGAAACAGAGCCUUUGAGGAUCCAAAUUUUAUUGGUGAUGUGCGCUUUUCGAUUGAGCCGGACAGUUCUGGACAAAUUUCCUGACAUGAUUGCACCUCAUUUGGUUGGCCGAUUGUUGCCAAGCAUUCGUAACUAUAAUCUCAUUAGGAAUCUAAUACUACAAUGCGACAGCUCUGGCUUGAAGCACAAUUGUUUGAGCCCUCUAAGCCAUUGUAUGGAGUCUCCAGGGGGACCGUUGUUGUAUUCAUUGGAAGGCCACAGAUUUGCUAUAUUUGGAUGCUCUCUCACCAAUGACAAAAGAUACGUGGUCUCCAUAUCAACGAGAUUAAUUUCUUGGGAUUUAAAAACCAGUGAAGUAUGUCGUGAUAUCGAUCCCCAACCCACAGGAAUCAUGCUGGGCAUGGCCCUAUCAGAUGAUAGUCAAUAUGCUGCUGCAUUCACAAGCUCACAUCAAUUGAUAAUUGUUGACGUCAUGAUGGGAAAUUAUGUUCGGGUGGAGCGCGUUAUGGCCGAAGGAGACCCAAUCGAAGAUAUUUCAUUUUUCCGGGACGAGGAUACAGAUGCGUUCAAAAUUGCUGUUUACAAUCAUAAAUACUUCAGGAUAUUUGACAUCCACGGCCAACACGUGGGAGGUGAUCCAUUUGCCAUAGAUGGGAAUGACAUCUUGAGUAUGAUCCUUCUAUCCAGCCAAAAAUUCGUUUCCAUUCAUUGGAGCGGAGAUUUGGAAUUCGACGACAAACGCAUCUGGAUCAGGUUUAAAUGGGAGGACUUCACAUCAAAACUGAUUGAAUGUAUGCAUUGUGUGGAACUGCUUGAAUUUGGACCAGAUGGCAUAAAGAUCUUGACAGCCGAUCGAAGUGUCCAAAACCCGAUUCGAUUCGAAAUUGAUCCAAUCGGCUUGGAUCAAAGUUGGUCCAUCGUUCAAAGACAUUACAAUGGUUCUGGGACUUUGAUCCAGGAAACUGCAGUGGCAAAGCGGAUUCCAGAAGCAUUUGGCCUUCACGCGUAUAAUGAAUCUGAACACAGUGUUUUAGUGGUUACUGUCGCUGCCGGGUUCAUACUUCUUUACAACCAAGAUCUACUGACGUUGAAACUACCAAGAAGCAUUCGCAAUGUGAGGGUGAAAAUCAAUCAAUCAAACCCGUGCGUGAUUGAUCUCCAAAAGCUUCUUUUGGUGGCAGGAGUCCGACGAGACAUCUUUAUUUGGAGUAUAAAAUCUGAAAUGUUACUCAGGUCAUUUCGGGCUCACAAUGGAAGAAUUCUUGCCAUGUCCUUGGUUCAGGACCAUCACCACAAUCUUGUAGUAACAUCAUCUCUGGACAAGACAAUCAAGGUAUGGGACGCAUCACGUUUAUUGACCGUUGUACCCGUAAUCAAGAGGCUGGAUUUCAACGUAGAGAAGCUCGUGAUUUGCGAGGAACUGAAUAUGGUUGUUUCUCAAACUCGAAAGUCCUUGGGCUUUUGGAACCUGGAUUCAGGAGCGCUCGAUUUCAUCGCCUCCGAGAGCCCCGAUGGCUACAUUCAAGACGUUGCCUUGUCAACUUGUUGCAAAUUUUUCAUUACGGCCGAAGAGACGUGCGUUCAAAUUUGGAGCCUGACUAACCGAAUUGUUCUUCACAAAUUGAGGCACAAAGGAGUCUUCCAAGUGGAAACUUUGGAUAACCACGUGAUCAUUGUUGGAUUGGAAGAAACACAGAAGGAAGAUUUGGUCUACAGGAUCAACUGUUUGAACCUAUUUAGUGGAACAUUAACGUACAAGUUUCAAACUCCAGUUCAAGAUAAGCUGAAGGCUGUUUUAACUGGAGAUAAAGACAUGUUGGCGAUUCUUGGGUAUGAAAAGACAAAAGAAAAAGACGUCAUCUUUGUUCAUCACGCCAAGAAAGGUUUGCUUUUGCACAAAAUUCAAUUGAAGUAUCCAAAUCUUCGUAGGCCAUUAAGUUUCAUACCAAGUGGAUUCCAUCAAGCUAUCAUCAUCGAUCCAGACAAAGGCAAACUUGUCGACAUUAGGAACAAGUCGAUUCAGAGAUCUUGUAAAGGAUGGACUGGCCAAGGUGUGGAUCAAAAUCGGUUCGGUCUCUCUGCGUCAAACAGCGGUGGACUAUCCUACAUGGACUUGAAAACUGGGAAAACGGUUCAUGUCUUGAUCCCUAAGAAACCUGAGGGGGUGUUUACAGUCAAGGCUUUCUUUUCGAAGUGCGGGGAUCUGAUUUUCUAUUACCAUUCUGAACGGCGAACAAUGAGGGUGUUCCGCAAGGAAGAUGGAAAGCAAGUAUCCAAUUACUUCAUUCAAAGUGAAGUCACAUCUCUUGCACUCACCAAUGACGGCAAAAAGCUGAUAUUGGGUACAAAAGACGGGAGUGUGAUCAUGUUGGUCAUAUCCAAUGUUCUCCGGGAUGGCCCCACUGAGUGUUUCAAGUAUCUUCAAGGUCUGGUGUCACGUCAACUUCACCAUACUAGUGUGACCAAAGGCAAAAAUGACAUGGAACGAGACCCUAUAAUCCGUUUUAGAGCGAUUGCAAGGACUGCUUUGCAUAUGGACCGAGUUGUGAAGAACAUGCGAGCCACCAGGAAGGAUCCGCUUAAGAGCAACAAAACAUGUCUCAUUUCUUGAUCAAAAACCCAUGCCAACAUCUCCUUGGGAAACAUGUCACAUUCCGCAUUCCUGACCGCAUUUGAUAAAAAGUGACAUGCUAUUUCCACGGUCUGUGCCCGAGUUGAUUAAUACGCCAAAUCCAAAGUUUCACCUGAUGCGCAAUAUGCCUCGUUUUUUCAAUGCAUCGGCAUUUGGCCAGACUAAAUUCCUGGAAUAGUCAUUGAUAUGCCAGAUAAAAAUUUGAUGACUCUUGGGUCAAAUAUUUAUGGUAUUGAUUGUUCUUUCGGUGCCAGAUUGUCAGCCCGGGCGAAGGGCAGGGAAUUUCUGUCUUAUUGCAGGAAUAAUAGGAAAUACUGGCAUAGUUUCGAUCAAUUACGUCGAGAGUUCACAGGUAAUGUGCGUAACAAGCCUACUUGAACUUCGAGCUCGAGCGUCGAGUGUGCCAAAGAGUUGGAGAGCUACGUAUUUGUUUCCUAUUCUUGAACGUCGGGCGAUGAGCUCAACUUGGAAUCCCGCAGAGAUUCCUUCGCUCCUGUACACAUGUCUAGGCGAAGAAUGUGUCGCAUGUUACGGGGUUGGUAUCCAAAGAAUUAGGAUCCAGGAUUCAUUUUUUACAAGUUAUUUGUCGUCAUGAGUGAUUGGUAACUAACGGUCUAUUUUUUUGCCCUAUCCACACCCUGAAAAGGGUUUCUUUGUGAGC